ACGAUUCUCUCGAUUUCUACUCCCAAACCCAAGCCUAGAACAGUGACGACAGGUCACUGCUCCAAGCCUCGUCGCCAUUUACCCAAAUCACCCAUCCUAAUCCUAUUCACUGGUUCAUAAAGACACUAAUCCAACCCACAUCGACAAAUAUUUACCCGGUUAUACGUGUUAUUAGAUGCGAAGGUAGUUUGUUCUGGUGAUUACAAUUUGUGGGUUUUGGUUUAUGUGUUUAAUGCAGAUAUAACUGAGAAAGUGAAGUGGGAAUGGACGUUAAUCCCCUAUUCCAUGUUGUUGAACUAGCAUGCACCGCGUAACUCACGAGGAAUUAUUACUGUAUAUUUCGUUAAUUUAGAAAGUCCCGAAACAAUUAGAUUGAGAUGUCGAAUCAGGUGGUGAAGUUAAAGCGGGAUGUGCUAGCGCCAUGCAUGACAUGUCCUCUUUGCCACAAGCUCUUCCGUGAUGCCGCCACUAUUAUCGAAUGCCUCCAUACGUUUUGCAGGAAAUGCAUAUAUAAGAAGCUCUCUGACGAGGAAAUGGAAUUCUGUCCAAUAUGCAAUAUCCAUUUAGGAUGUGUUCCAUUGGAAAAGUUGAGGGCGGAUCAUAAUUUGCAAGAUGUGAGGGCCAAGAUAUUUCCAUACAAAAGGAGAAAGGUGGAGGCUCCUGAAGUUGUGACUCCGGUCACAUUACCUGCAAAGAGAAAGGAAAGAUCUCUCUCCUCCCUGGUUGUCAGCACUCCAAGAGUAUCAACAUAUAGUGGAAUGACUGGAAGAAGAUCAAAAUCUGUUGCAAGAAAAGCUUCAAAAGGCUUCAUUUUUACGAUAGAGAAAUCUCCUAAGAAAUGCGAAGUUCCUGUUGAAGACCACCCUGAGAGCUCUAGUGCACCUUUGAUUUUGAACAAAUUUUCUCAGGGUACCAAGCUGAAUUCUACUGCUGCUGAACCAUCUGUUCACCCUAGUCCUGAUAAAGAAAGAGAGAAUUGUUCUGAGCCAGGGGAGGGGAAAGUUGAUCUUUGGAAACCUUUAACUUGUUUGGUGGAAGUAGCGAAUAAGAGUAAGUCUUCUAAAUUGACCCCACAAGUGACUGUUGCUCAAUCAGAAGCUCUACAAUUGCAUGACAAUGAAGGACUCCUCUGUAACCCCAAAAACAAGGAGCAUGCAAAGAUAUUAAAAGGUCAAGAUAAGAAGAAAGGCAGUAACCAUCCCCCUCAAGAACCAGAUGAACCUAAAAUGCUGCGCAAGUUCCGCCAGAGGACCCAUAAAUUUGGAGAUUUCAGGGUUCCACAGGCUGUGCUUGAUGCUACCAGUGCUAAAUGGGAAAGAAGGAAUGAUCCAAUUUGGUUCUCGUUAGUAGCCUCUGAUGACCAGAGAAGAGAUGCAGUCUUGCCUCAGAUUUCUGCAAGUUACUUGAGAAUAAAAGAUGGGAACAUACCAGUUUCGUUUAUUCAGAAGUACCUCAAGAAGAAAUUGAAUCUUACAAGUGAAGAUGAGGUUCAAAUCAAAUGUAUGGGACAUCCAGUCAUUCCCUCGUUGACAUUGAAAAACCUAGUUGAUCUGUGGCUUCAAACCACUACUCAGGAGAGAGUAUCUGCCAGAAUAGGUUCAUCAGCAAAGGAUUUCGUGAUGGUAUUGGGCUAUGCUCGCAAAAUUCCUUCUCCUUGAACGUUUUCACUUCCAUUUUUCCAUAUCAUGGAUAAUCUAUUGUAUGACGCGGGAGUUUCGUAAAAAUUGGAGUUUCAAUCCCAACGCUAUAUGACAAUUGCGAGCAUAUGUUGGGAUGUUGCGAUGCAAAUGGUAGUUCUAAGUUUAUUUAACUUGCAUAGAAAUGGAGGAGCUCGUGAAUGGUAGAUCAAAAGAGGUCUUGUGUAUGCCGUAAAUGUUGGGUGAGAGUUCUUACUACUCCAACAUAUUGCCAGUUAUCGUCUGUUAUAUUGUAUGCGUAGACUCUAUGCACCUACUUUCCUGGUGGAUUUUCGACUUGUCCCAUGUUCUCCAUUCAUCCUAUACUUGGCUAGAUUUGGACUAUUUAUGAGUAUUUGAAUUGUUGUUUGAAAUAAUUGCAGUUGCAUAGAACUUCAAAUUUUAUUUGGUGUCUUCAACUUCUAAUGUGUGCGCUAUGAUAUGCAAUGCUUGAUAAGCUUUGCUUGCAGAUCAACAAUUUGAUGCACCCCCUUUAUUGUU